CGAGCCUCCUCCACAGAGGCCGAUCUUGACACCGCUGAGUCGCUUCGCCUUCAUGGACGUCGUCUUCAUGGACUUCGCCAUCGACGGCGAGCCGGCGGGACGCCUUCUCUUCGAGCUCUUCACAGAGCUGUGCCCCAGGACCUGCCACAACUUCAGAGCUCUGUGCACGGGCGACGGCUCGGAACGUUGGCCGUCGUACAAGGGGUCGCUCGUCCAUCGCGUCGUGCCCAACGGGUGGAUUCAGGCGGGAGACAUCACGGGAGGCCGAGGGAAUGGAGGCACCUCCAUCUAUGGGGCUACGUUUGAGGACGAGAGCUUCGCAGUGAGCCACUCGCGCAGAGGGGUUCUGGGCAUGGCCAACCGCGGACGCCACUCCAACUCCUCGCAGUUCUACGUCACCCUGGGGCCGACUCCCUGGAUGGACCGCCAGUUCGUCGCCUUUGGGCACCUGCUCGAGGGCCUGGAGCUGCUGUCCAGGCUGGAGGGGCUGGCCGCCCGCUACGAGCGGCCAGCCCUGGAGUGCCGCGUAGUCCGCUGCGGGCAGCUCGCGGGCGGACAGCGGCUCGCAGCUGCAGCAGCAGCAGACUGACAGCAGCAACAGCUGCAGCAGCAGCAGCAACAACAGC